AUGACAGUUCAAUCUCCACCGCUACCGGCACCGACACCAGCACCAGCCUCCCCCUCGACACCCUCGCGGAAGCGUCGCUCGCUGCGACUGUCGAACGUCGAGAUUGCCUCGCAAGAAGCCCUCUCGACGAGUCCCUACACCAGCGGAACCACAAAUGGAACCACCUACUCGAGGCGAUCGUCGCGGACUUCGCAGACCUCAUUUCAACCACGAUCUCCGGUGACACCGCGCCCGAUGUCAUCCAAGUCCUCCAGACCGCCCUCCUUCUCCCAGCAACGCCGAUCGAGUAGGACAAGUCUCCACAGCGAAAGAAGUCUCGAACAACUGCGGGACAGCGGGCUGGGGAAUCUGGCGGACGAGCUGGAACAGGCCUGGGACGACGAGGGCGGGGGCGAGGGUGAGGGUGAAGGCCAAUCCAGCUUCCUCGAAGGGUUAAGAGAAGGGGACGUGGCACAGGAUCUCCAAAGUCCUUACGAGAUGAAUGACAUGCACGAUUUUGGCUUUGGCAUGGUGGUGCAGAGUCCGCAUCCUGCAUCUCACGAGGCACAACAGUCACCUACGCUAUCUGUGCCGCCCAGGGCAAGAGCCGACUCGGCCACGCACAGAAAAUCAGCCCACCGCCGACAUGAAUCGGCCUACGAUGGAUCAGACUACGGGCCGGAAUCAGACGGCGAGGAGCAAGAUGACUCGCUCCCUCCCAUGCUCAAGAAACGGAUACGCGACAUCGAGACGCUGACGCGCAUGAGCGUCAACCCAGAAGACGCAGUCAGCGAAGAUGGCGGCACUGUGAAAAGAACGAUACAAAGGCUGAAAGAUCUAGGGCCACAGGGCAAUGUCGAGUAUGGUGUCACACGGUUGAUCACGGCAUACACGUCGAUGGCGUCGCACCGCAGCCACAAAACCCGCGACCUGUUCACUCAGAGCCACUCACUCAUGUACGGUGGCCUGCUCCAUCUCCCCGAAGAGAUGAUCGAGUUGCUCUUGGAAGAGCUCAACAUGUUGAGCUCGACGCUCCCCUUCCUCAGGCCGCAAAAUCCUUUAUUGUCUCUCCAGAUUCUCGCUUCCCAGACCGAAGAACUUAACCAGACUCUUCGCUCUCUGACAGACUUGCUUCAAGAAGCUCGUCUGGCCGCCAACGCCGCGACCCGCAAACUGAAAUCCGUGCGCGAUAUGGUCGAGGACAUGCGUCUGGAGGAAGAGUUGGUGGAGAACAGCAUUCUCCUGAUUCAGGCCGGAGACUGGGACCGAAGGUGUCGAACUCGACAGGCGGCCAAGACGUGUCAGGAAGUGUGUGAAGGGUUUGCCGAAAGAUGGGGACUCAGUGUCGACACGGCCUGGAAUUCGUCACCAGAACCCAACAGGCAAAAGCCGGCCCAGGAAGUCUCGGUGUCAGGUUGA